GGUAGUAGACUUUUUAUAGCUUUAGCAGAGCUUCAACCACCGAUCCGUGUUUGUAUCGUCAGUAGUCACAAAUCACAGUAAAAUAUUUUGCGUGUGUUUCUCUAUGCUUUUUGUUUUUGUAUAGUUAAUACUAAAAUACUACAUAUUAAGUAAUUAAUAUUAGUGUUAAAUACAAAUUGUAUACAAAUUAUGUCUACGAAGCAAUCUCAGAAAUAUCGUGAAAUUCGGCCAUAUAAGCGAUGGGUUAUUGUUAUCUUUAUGGAAACUAAUGAUUAUAGUGUAGUGCCAAUUAAUUGGCUAAUUUUACAAACGAAGGUAACGAUAUCAAAUAUUCUAUCAGUUCAUUAUUGUCGAUGGCCUCCAUUUAAUGUGACCAGUAAUGAACUAUUGAGAGCUGACGAUCCUGAUGAUUUAUGGAAUUCAUUCAAAAUUAAAAUUUUGGAUGGUAAAAUGUACGAGAAUUUCAAAGAAGCAUGUUGUAAGCGUAUUGAAAUUGAAAGCUCUGCUAGAAAACCACCAAAAGAACAAAAUAAUAAACGUCAAAGAAGUUCAUCUGAAGAUAGUGAUUUUGAAGAUAGUAAUAUAUCAAUUAUACCCAUCAACAAAAAAAAUAUAAAAUAUGUACCUUAUACAGGUAAAAAAGCAGUACAUUUUUCCGGAUUUCCUGUUACACCACCUCCAAUACAAAUCAAAGCUAGUACUUCAAGCAUAUCUACCAAUCGUAAGAUUUACAAUAUGAAGAAAAAAAAAGAUGAAAAACAAAAUGAAAGAAUCAAAUCAAAUUACUUCAUUAAUCCACGUGUUAAUAGUUUUGAUGAUUUAAAAAUAAAAAUAAAUGACACCUUGAAUCCUAUUUUGGACAAUGAAAUACCGGAUAACUUACGUUUAACAGAAAAAUUGCGUUUAUUAUUUAUAAAACAUAAUACUUCACAUAAUUUUUGUAACAGCUUGCUUCAGAUAUUGAACAAUGAAGGUUUAAACGUCCCAAAAGAUAUUAGGACAUUGAUCAAAAUUCCUAAAAUUAAUGAUAUUGUUGAUAUUUCUGGUGGAUCGUAUGUACAUUUAGGUUUAAAAAAUAUGCUGUUACCUAUUUUGAUUAAAAAUAAUGCACAAUUAUAUAUUAAAUCUCAGGUGGUAGAUAUAGGUAUUAAUAUAGAUGGACUAACUGUAUCAAAAAAUCCUAAACAUCAUUUUUGGCCAAUAUUAAUUUCAAUUUUAAAUUUUAAAGAGUUAAAAGAAAAUGUCGUACCUAUUGCCUUUUUCCAUGGAUUUCAAAAACCUAAUUUCAUCGAAGAGUUUUUAAAUCCAUUAAUUAUAGAUUUGUUAGAAGUAUUUGAUAAUGGAUUAAAUGUAAAUGGGUUUUUUUUUUAGGUUAAACAUUUC